AUGCCUCGUGAGGUCAUCCAGAUUCACAGUCCUUUACCAACCCGGCCCCGAUCCUGUUGCUCCUUGGCUGAAGCGGAGGAACAAGAUGAUCGCUGCGGCAAUAAGGCCAGCGACGAACAGGCUGACGAUGAAAUACUCGAAGAAAUUGAUCGCACAAUCUCCCAACAGCUCUGCUUGACGGAUGCCCUGGAGCUGAUUCGCACCACAAAGUCGCCGACUGAAUUCGAUACCCUCGAGCUCCGGACUGCCUACAACACGAUCAUCAACAGCGAGGUGGCAUCGGCGCUGCCAGCUGGCCCAACGAGACAGGAUCAGGCCAUGUCCCCUUCUCCCUCAGGCGAACAAACAGGAACGCCUCUCUCGCCCGCCGCUGACCACCCAAGCCACGCUACCAAUUUCCACCAGCUGUCGUUCGAGGGCGAGAGCAUCCACGAUCACGAUCGCAGGUGGUCCCAGAUCAGGCCCUCCCAAUCUCGAAUUGGCUUGCUUGGGGUGCAAGCCAUGGACAAUUUGCGCCACCAUUUCACCAAGCCAGAAUCGCAUCCAGCACAAGAUCCGUCGUUUGGGUGGGAUCACGUGAAUGGGUCUGUUGCCUCUUCCAACAUGCCCCGCCGCAUUUUCGAGACGAGCCGCUGGGCUCUGGCCCACCAGCCCUCGGCGGAAGUGGGAAAUCCCAGGCAAGAGCGGAAAAAGCAUCACCAGGUACCACCGCAUCACAUCCGUGAUAUGAGUGAGCCAGCAAGGGCCUGUACUGACUGA